AGCAGAACUACUGCCUCUAGCUAAUUCUAGUUUUGCGCUAGACUCUGCUCAUGCAGGAAGCGGCCAAAACAAAAAAUCUGUUAUCAUACGAAAUAUAUUUAAUAUAUUUUUUGUUCUAAUAGCAUCUUGCGGACCCCUCUGGCAUAGCUCGCGGAUCCCUGGGGGUCCGCAGACCACCUGUUGGGAACCACUGGUGUAGUGGUUAAGAGUGGCAGACUCAUAAUCUGGGGAACCGGAUUCGCGUCCCCGCUCCUCCACAUGCAGCUGCUGGGUGACCUUGGGUUAGUCACACUUCUUUGAAGUCUCUCAGUCACCUCACAGAGUGUUUGUUGUGGGGGAGGAAGGGAAAGGAGAAUGUUAGCCGCUUUGAGACUCCUUCGGGUAGUGAUAAAGCGGGAUAUCAAAUCCAAACUCUUCUACUCGCCUAAAUUGGGUAGGGGGUGAGGAGAGGGAACUCCUAGCCAUCACUGCAGCUACCUGGGCUUCCCUAGAGGGCAAUAUAGGUUUGCUUUGGCGCAUUGUGCUAUUUGUGGUACUGCUGUCUGCCACUAGGUAGAGCAUGCUAAUGGAAAAUUAGGGAAUCUGGCUCCCUAAAUAAAGCUCAACAACACGGCCAGUUUUUUUAAUACUGUGAGUAGAUCACAGUCUCUUGGGAGUUAGACGUGCCUGCUUUACAUGUUUAGCCAAUUGUAAGUUCCAGGUUAACCCAAUGGGAGUAGUUUCUGAGCAGGCAUGCAUAGGAUGGUGCCCUUUUCUGUCUAAACCCAGACAUCUUCACAGUGGUCAGAUUGCAAUCCAGUUGUGGGUAAUCUGCAUGUUGUUGGAUUCCAAUUCCACCAGCUCCAGCCUAUCAUGCCUCUGGAUUUGGAUUCCUCAUCUUUGGGGGGGGGUAAGCAGCAAGCAUUCCCCCCUUAUUCUGCGUCCAUUCACAAACACGUGUUUUGUUGCCUUCAGUGGAAUAGUAGAAUUGAUUUCACCACGGUAGAAUCCCUUGUUGCCUGGAGUGUUACCAUGGGGAUGGUCAACAAUAGGCAACCCGAGACCAAGGAACAUCAGAGGUUAAAUGUCCUGCUCUGCACAUACAGAGAUGGAAGUCUAGGACCUUUCGAGUUCACUCCUUGCCAAAGCAUGUGAACGGGACCAUGUUUACUCAGUGUAGAGAUGCACAGGAAUGGUACACUCCCGGCUGGAAGGUAGAACCCAAAUAUUCGACUAAAGUACUUAUUGGAAACUGGCUGGAAGAGAGAAAAAAGUUCAUACGUGACCAUGAGGGAACCGGCGAAAGCACCUACGACCGAGAUUAUGUUAGUUACCCAGCUCAGAGUCCAGACCGAAUAGUGAUGAAAAGAAUUAUGAAGCAGCUGGAUGGCCUGCCAAAGAAGUAUAUAUUGACCCACCACGAAGAACCGAGCCACCGGCACUUAGUAUCGCAAUAUGAUGAUCAGUAUAAUAGGCAUGGCUACAAUCCUUUGCUGCCUCCACUUCGCAAAUGGAAUAGACACAAAAUGGCUUGGAUCCCAGAGAAGACAGACUUCCCGCUUGUUGAACCACCAACCAACUAUGGGCUUUUCGAGCACAUUGUGAAAAAAUGGGGCCAGAACGUGCCUGGUGUGAUGAACAGCGUCUACAUGGUCUCCUACGUCAAGCCACCUAGUACAGCCUAUGUCGCUCGCCGGCGGCCUGUCACGUUUCACACCCUUGAGGCCAGUGUUCCGCAGUGGCUGCCACGAAGUUCUGUUUAGUCUCUCUGAAAGGGUGCAGACCAUCCAUGUUUCCAUGCAGAGGUGAAUUAAAUGUUGUAUCUUUACCCAACCAGCUGCAACAAUGAGUGUUUUGUGUCAAGUUGUAAGGGUUUGGAUAGAAUCAUAGAACUGCAGAGUUGGAAGAGAUCCCAGGGGUCAACUAGUCCAACUUCCUGCAAUGCAGGUAUCUCAACUAAAGCAUUCGUGGCAGGUGGCUGUCCAAACUCUGCUUCAAUACCUCCAAGAAAAGAGAGUCCACCACCUCUUGUGGGAGUCUGUUCCACAGACAAGCAGCUCUUACUAUCAGAACAUUCUUCCUGAUAUUUAGUCAGAAUCUCCUUUCUUGUCACUUGAUUCCAUUGGUUCAAGUCCUAGCCUCCAGCGCAGGAGAAAACAAGCUUGCUCCAUCCUCCAUGUGGCAGUCGUUUAGAUAAUUGAAGAUGGAUAUUGUAUCUACUCUUGGUCUCCUCUUUUCCAGGCUAAACAUGCCUGUCAUUUGCAAUAGGCCCCAGAUCUUC